AUGACCCCCUUCCGAGCCUUAUACGGUCGAGAUCCGCCAAUUAUCCUCAAAUACAGUGAGAACAGUUUUGUCGUAGAUGAUGUCGAUCGGCAAUUAACUGAUAGAGACUCCAUUUUGAAAGAAUUAAAAGCCAACCUGGCUAAGGCUCAAGAUAGCCUGAAGAGUUACUCCGACGGGAAAAGACGAGAAGUUCAUUAUGCAGUGGGGGAUUCUGUUUAUUUGAAAAUUCAGCCCUACCAUCUCAAAUCCUUGGCACGAAGAGUUAAUGAGAAGCUUAGUCUCAGGUUUUACGGUCCCUAUACGGUUGCAGAAAAGAGUAUAUUACAAGCUGAUUCUUCACUAAGGCGUUCUGAUGAAGAAAUUGCUCUUCUGGAUUCCUAUGCAUCAAUAAAAUCAAAUCUUGUCAUCAAGAGUGGAAAGAAACUCCAACGGAAGAGGGCACAUUCCCCUCAUGAAGAUGAAAAUGACAGCAUAGAGCUUCCAUGCCCUCAAUGUGGUACUGAAGUUAGUGGGUUCCGCUGCAACCCGAACACAGUUCAUUUGCAAUGUCAUGCAUGUGGAGGAAUGAUGCCUUCCAGAACUGAUAUUAAUGUGCCACAACACUGUGUUGGUUGUGAUAGAGCGUUUUGUGGUGCUUACUGGCAGGCUCAAGUGGUUAAUAGAAGUGACAUUCACCCUAUGUGCAGUCAUGAUACUUUCAAACCUAUCUCAGAACGUACUCUCUCUAGGAUUCCAUUCGUUGCACAUGAAAUGAAUCGGCAUGAACAAGAUAUCACAGAGAGGUGUAUUAGACAAACUGGGAGAACAUUGCAGGAUGUUAUAUCUGAUUGGAUUGGGAAGUUCAACAAUAGAGAAAUUGAUCGAACAAGGUUGCCUCUGAAUCAUGCAGAAGCGAUAACUGCUGGGACACAUACUUGCAAUGAGUGCUACGAUAAAUUGGUUUCAUUUCUGCUGUACUGGUUCCGGAUUACAACACCGAAACAUUGCCUACCACAGGAUGUAAGGCAAAGGGAAGAUUGCUGGUAUGGACACGCAUGUCGUACACAGCACCACAAUGAAGAACAUGCACGCAAAAGAAAUCAUGUUUGUCGUCCCACUAGAGGCACUCACUGAAU